UUAAAUUUUGCGCUCAUAAUUUCAAAAUUACAAAAAGUUCAGUAUUAAGAAUAUUAAAAUAUCAAACUCAUCAAAUUUAAAUACUGAAUUUGACUUUAAUGUGUCCCCAUCUUAACUUCUACUUAUUUAUCUUCCCUACAAAAAUGGAUUGUAGGUCUAGUCUCCCUCUCUUCCUCAUCAUCAUUAAUAACUUCAUUUUUUUUCUUGAAAUUUUCUUUCAUAUCCCAAUGAACUACAAAUAUUUAUUCACUUUCACCUUGCAUUAAUUCAUCCUUAUAUAGGCAAAGAUUUGGUGUUGUAGAAAUGAGGAAGCUCAAUUUUGGCAAAGUUUUAGAUUGUUUUAGUACUCUUUCUUCUUCUGGACCAGGAUCUUGUUUUUGCAUCAAUGAAUUUGGAGUUCAUGAUGAUGAUGAUAGAUUUGAAAAGAAGCCAUUGAUGAAUAAUAAUUCCUCAAAUCAAGAUGAUAAACAUAAUUCAGUGAGAUUGAAGGAUGUUAUUAAUGUAGGACCUCCAACUCUAGCUUUCCAAUUGAAGCCUAAGAUGGUGGUGCUAAGAGUUUCCAUACACUGCAAUGGUUGUGCAAGGAAAGUUGAGAAACAUAUCUCCAAAAUGGAAGGGGUGGAUAUGUACCAAGUAGAUUUAGAGACCAAGAAGGUUGUUGUUAUUGGAGAUAUUGUACCUUUUCAAGUGUUGGAGAGUGUUUCAAAGGUUGUCAAAAAUGUUGAGCUUUCAAGUUGGAACACUCAUGAAUGUUGAAUUCUUCAUACAAGUACUAUAGAAAAAUUAAAGAGAAGAAAGAGCCAAAAAUAUUUAUGAUUAAAGAAAAUAAAAGGCUAUGCAAUAAUGCAACCACAUGUAUUAUAUAUCUUCAGCAUCAAAAGAGGCAUUUGUACAUUAUGUAAUUUGUAUCAGAAAAGAAGAAUUGCAUUUCAUAAUAUAAUUGUAUGUGAUUGAUAUGCAA